AUGCCUCUCAAACUGUUUCCAAAGUGUUCUGACAGCGUGUUGUUUGUGGUGCUGUUUGCAGGUAUUUAUGGGCCGGAUGAAGGCUGGGCUGGAGCUUACCCAGAAUGCAGCGAGAGGAACCAGUCGCCUAUCAACAUCGUGGAUCCGGAGGCGAAGAUGUCCAUAGAGUACCAGGAGCUUACGCUAGAGGGCUUCAACACAGAGUCCUCCAAUAAGACCUCCAUGAAGAACACCGGGAAAACAGUGGCCAUUAUGUUGAAGGAUGACUACUUUGUGCGAGGAGCGGGUCUACCGGGGAGAUUCAAGGCAGAGAAAGUGGAAUUUCACUGGGGCCCGAGCAACGGAUCGGAGGGAUCAGAACACAGCAUCAACGGACAUCGCUUCCCUGUGGAGGUAAGAACUAAGUCCACUUUCUACAACAUGAAAGUAUAA